AUGAUGAACGUCCCUGCCAACAUGGCGGUCAGCAUCCGCGGCCGUCCGACCCGGAGUGUACGGAUGAGAGGUCGGAAUGACAGCGGAGAGGAGAAUGUACCGCUGGAUCUUACGCGGGAACCCUCAGAUAACAUGCGUGAGAUCCUGCAGAACAUUGCCAAAUCUCACGGGGUGUCCAACAUGAGGAAACUCGGCCACCUGAACAAUUUUGUUAAGCUCCUGAACAGUGUAAGUCACUGUGAAGAGAAAUUAGGAUUUACACAUGAGGAAAUCAUCAUUUGUCUGCGUGUGGCAUUGCUGAAUGAGGUGAAGGAGGUUCGGGCUGCAGGUUUGAGAGCGCUGAGGUAUCUGAUCUGUGACAGCAGCAUCCUCCAGAAAGUUCUUCAGCUGCAGGUGGAUUACCUGAUCUCCAGGUGUAUUGACAUUCAGCAGAGUAAUGAGGUGGAGAGAACUCAAGCCCUCAGACUGGUCAGAAAGAUGAUAACAGUGAACGCACAGCUCUUUCCCAGCUCUGUGACGAACUCUCUGAUCGCAGUGGGCAACGACGGGCUGCAGGAGAGAGAUCGCAUGGUUCGAGCCUGCAUCGCCAUCAUUUGUGAACUUGCACUGAAGAACCCAGAGGUGGUGGCCCAGCGGGGCGGUCUGAGCACCAUCCUGAAGAACGUCAUCGACUGUCAGCUGAGCCGCAUCAACGAGGCCCUGAUCACCACCAUACUGCACCUGCUCAAUCACCCGCACACGCGCCAGUACAUACGCCCUGAUGUUGAACUGGAGCAAAUCCUUGCACCUUACACAGACUUUCACUACAGACACAACCCUGACACAGCAGAGGCACAAGUCAAGGAGGAUAGAGAAGCUCGUUUUUUAGCCAGUAAAAUGGCUAUCGUGGCAGCGUUCCGUUCUUGGUCAGGUAUUAUAAACCUGUGUAAAUCAGGGAACUCAGGGGUCCAGUCUUUGAUAGGCCUGCUCUGUAUACCAAACAUGGAUGUCAGGAAAGCCUUAUUAGAAGUCAUGUAUGAGAUCUUCAGAUUGCCUGUUCCUUUAGUGACAGGAGAUUUUGAGGAAGCCCUGCACAGUGUGGACCCCAGCAGGUUUCAGGACAGCUGGAGACUAGCUGAUGGGUUUGUAGCUGCAGAAGCCAAAGUCAUAUUGCCUCACAGAGCAAGAUCCAGACCAGACCUCAUGGACAACUACCUGGCACUACUGCUGUCCGCCUUUAUCAACAGUGGACUACUGGAGGGUCUGGUGGAGGUCGUGACCAGCAGUGAUGGACAGAUAUCAGUGAGAGCCACCUUACUGCUCGGAGAACUUCUGCACAUGGCCAAUACGAUUCUUCCUCACUCUCAUAGUCAUCAUCUGCACUGUCUGCCCACGCUAAUCAACAUGGCUGCUUCCUUUGACAUCUCUCAGGAGAAACGUCUGCGUGCCAGCGCAGCCGUGAACCACCUGAAGCGAUUCCACGAAAAGAAACGACGUGGUCCCAAACCUUACAGUCUUUACCUGGAUCACAUCCUGUACAGGACGUCCCCCUCCACUCACAAGAAAGACCAGCACCAGCGUCCGCACAAGGACAUCUAUAUUGUGAAGGACACUGAAGAGGCGCUGAUGAUGAACUUGAGGGACAGUCAGGUCCUCAAUCACAAACAGAACCUGGACUGGAACUGGAUUCUGAUCAUCACUAUACUGAAGUGGCCAAACGUUAACCUCAGAAACAACAAGGACGAGCAGAUGCACAAAUUUGUAAGGCGCUUACUGUAUUUCUAUAAGCCCAGCAGUAAGCUGUACUCGGCUCUGGAGCUGGAUCACGGCAAAGCCAGACAGCUGACGGUAGCAGGCUGCCAGUUCAACCAGUUCCUCUUGGAUUCAGAAGAGGAUGGCCAGGGGUAUUUAGAAGAGUUUGUGAAAGAUAUUGUCCAAUGGCUCACAUCCUCUUCUGGGCUUAAACCUGAACGCAGUCUCCAUAGCAAUGGCCUCCUUAGCACCCUCAGUCAGCACUACUUCCUGUUUCUGGGUACUCUGUCUUCACAGCCAAACGGAGUCAAAAUGCUGGAGAAAUGUGGUGCAUUUCAGUGUCUGCUGAACUUGUGCUCAAUGAAAAACCAGGAUCACCUGCUGAAACUAACGGUCUCCACUCUGGACUACAGCAGAGACGGACUCGCUCGAGUCAUUCUGUCCAAGAUCCUCACGGCGGCCACUGACAACUGCCGUCUGUAUGCCACCAAACACCUGCGUGUGCUGCUGCGCGCUAAUGUUGAGUUCUUCAGUAACUGGGGGAUGGAGUUGCUAGUCACCCAGCUGCAUGACCACAACAAAACCGUCUCCAUGGAGGCGCUGGACAUCCUGGACGAAGCUUGUGAAGACAAGGCCAACCUGCAUGCUCUGAUCCACAUGAAACCUGCUCUGUCUCACCUGGGAGAGAAAGGCCUUCUGCUGCUGUUGAGGUUUCUGUCCAUCCCAAAGGGCUUCUCUUACCUCAACGAAAGAGGUUAUGUCAACAAACAGCUAGAAAAAUGGCAGAAGGAGUAUAAUCUGAAGUAUGUGGACAUGAUUGAAGAGCAGUUGAAUGAAGCUCUCACAACAUACCGCAAACCUGUCGACGGAGACAACUACGUCCGGCGCAGCAACCAAAGGUUACAGAGGCCAAAUGUCUUUCUCCCUGUGCAUUUAUAUGGGCAGUUGGUCCAUGAUAAAACCGGCUGCCUGCUGCUGGAAGCUCAGGGUGUUAUCCCGGAUCUUAGCUACACAGUUCGAUCUCCAGUGUUGGAUAAAUGGGAAGGUGUUAAACAGCUGAAGGCUGCGCUAUGGGCUCUGGGCAACAUUGGCAGCUCAAACUGGGGUUUGAACCUCCUACAGGAGGAGAAUGUGAUUCCAGAUAUUAUUGCUCUGGCUCAGCACUGUGAGGUUCUGUCCAUACGUGGUACGUGUGUGUAUGUGCUGGGCGUGAUCAGCCGCACGCGGCAGGGCAGCGAUGUGCUGAAGGCUUUGGGAUGGGACUCUGUACGGCACAGCCGCAGGCAGCAGUGGCCUGUCGUCCCUGAAGAAGUGGACGCUCCGCUGCCCAGCGAACUGUCAUCUGUGCCCAGCACGCUCAGUCUCAACUCUGAGUCCACCAGCUCACGCCACAACAGCGAAAGUGAAAGUCAACCCAAUUUGUAUUUCAUGGAUGACGACCGCGAGGGUUUGGACAUGUACGAGGACUCUUCUCUCUCUAUACACACAAAAACCUCAAAGGACAGAAGCCCUUUCACUAUCCUCACCCCCUCACAUCUCAGAAACCGCUUUCUCAACUCCUUGUCUCUUCCCAGUAAGAAGGGGCGAAGCCCCACUGACACUAAAGGCACAAUCAAUGCUGGAAAAUCACCAGAGGAGCUCCAGCUCAUGAGGCGUAACCGGACCGUAACCGAACCAUCAAACUUUUCUCCAGGCCACUCGGGGCAGAGCGAGGUCUUUUAUAAUGGCAGUCGCAUACCCCGCAGCCCGACGGUUAGCCUUGAGACCUCAUUUGUAGGCAUAAAAGCACUAGCAGAGCCGUACGCCACAGAGGGGAGCUCGGAUUCAGAGGGCAGAGGUCAACAUAAGCGCGAACGGAGCAGCAGGGAGCGUUUGACCUGCGACGGCGCCUCCGUUCUGCCGGGAGGCGGCACAUUUAAGAGCCGCAGUCAGAGCUUCAACACGGAUACUACAACUAGUGGCAUCAGCUCCAUGAGCUCCUCCCCUUCCCGAGAGCCCCCCUCUGCCGUGGCCAUGGAUACGGACUGCGCCAGCCUCAACACGGUGGUCAGCGCCAAAACUGUGAAAAUGCAACACUCGCUUAGUCCUCAGUCCAAUCAUAACCACAUCCUGUUGUCCAAGUCCAAUUCCACUUCGCUGGUUCCUCCCGGGUCAGCGCACACUUUGCCGCGCAGGGCGCAGUCGCUGAAAUCUCCCUCUGUGGCCACCAUCAAGAGCCUGGUGGACUGCAGCUACAUCUACACAAGCCCCCGUGAUGCGCUGGGAUACGCCACGCUCAAACGCCUGCAGCAGCAAAGGAUCCACCCGUCUCUGUCACACAGCGAAGCGCUGGCGUCUCCCGCUAAAGAUGUACUGUUUACAGACACAAUCACCAUGAAAACACGGAGCCUCGACUCACGGCUCACCCCACGCAGUGCGUGUGCUUGUGUUUGCUCUCCUCUCAGGUUUUUGAAAGCUCUGAGUUUUGCGUCUCUGGAUAAGGAGGACUUGCUGAGUCCGAUCAAUCACUCCACACUGCAGCGCUCCUCUUCCAUGCGCUCUAUGGUCUCUAGCGCCACCUUUGGCUGCAGUGAGGACUACAUCGGCCUCGCGCUACCCCUGGACAUCAACCAAAUGUUUCAGAUUAAAGAAACUUCGUAUUUCCAGAAGAGAACAAGCCCUCCUGCUGGAGAAAAAUCAUCCAAAUUUCUUUUUGGAGAAUCUAAUGGUUUCUUAGAUUCGUGUCGUGGUCCUCUGAAGACUCAAGUGAGCAUAACGGAGCUGUUAAACAGCAGCCGGUCGGAGCAGCACCACCUGCUGGGUGCUGAUGAGACGACAGGCUUACAGGAGCACACAGAGCAGAACUGCCUCUACUGCAGCGCUCUCACGACCCUCGGCUCACACACACACAGCCACCUGAACAACACACACACUCGCACAGAUCUGUCUGAUGGUUUCUCUCAGUGGCACAGCCAGCCUUCCCAUAAUCACCUGGAGGUGGUCGCCCAGUCCAAGUUCUCAGGAAUCUCGGGCUGCAGCGAUGCGGCCGUCAGUCAGGGAUCGUCCAGCAGCACUCCCAGCGCAGAGAUCAUACUGGGUGGGAAGGCGAUAUCUGAGGACGGUCCAGCCUGCAGAGUUCUCCUGAGGAAAGAGGUUCUGCGACUCGUCAUCAACCUCAGCUCUUCAGUCGGUACCAAAGGACACGAAACCGGAUUACUCACGAUAAAGGAGAAGUUUCCGUACGCUUUCGAUGACAUCUGCCUGUACUCUGAGGUUUCUUUCCUGCUGGCCAACUGCAUGUUCCGUCUGGCUUCACGCCGCUUCAUCCAAGAGCUCUUCCAGGAUGUGCAGUUCAUUCCGCUGUAUGAUGAAGCUGAAGCUGUGUUGACUAAACCAUCGCAACCUGUUCCGAUGGAGACUGCAGAGUCUUGAUAACUCCGUCAGCUUCCUGAACACCUCAUCGCCAUUAUCCCCCAUCCCUCCAUCACCUCACCUCCCAUACGGCACAGAGACACACAGUUAAUUGAAAAUGGAGGAGGGGGAAAGCAGGCUGCGGAUGGAGGAAGCGAUUACAGGAAUACUGAAACGAGCCCCUGGACUUCAGACGGUGUUUCUGAAAGAGGAGCAGUUUACCAAAUAACGUCUUCAGACUGUGAAACAGGUGAACCGGAACACAUCCUUGUUCACAAAAAAAAAUCACAAAGACUCUAUUUUAAAAAAGAAAAAAAAGCUGUUGACACUUUAAGAGCGCUGGAUGCACAGACGAGAUAAACGGUUCUCUGCACUGGUGUGUGUACAUAUUCCCCCCAUGCCAAUGUUUCAGAAUAUCACGUAAACACUACAAAGAAUUCUGUGACUGCUUUGGAUUCAGUGCAAAUGCUUUGACUAGGAAUUUAAGACUUCCAGAAGUGAGAGAAUGGGCGAAACGUUGAUUACAUUUGUACUAUUUAUUAAUUUCUUUUCUUUUGUAUGUGUGUUUGGAUUUUUUAUUACCUCCAGACAAUCAGAAUUCAGUGUUUUGGGGAAAAAACGUAGUGUGGGACAUUCGAACCUUAGUGUCACGCAUCUUUUGUUGGAUAUCUGUCGUCCGCAAUUCUCAGAAAUACUCUUGCAGGAAAUUCUCAAAAAAAACCAAAAAACCCAGCGCAGACAAAGAGCGUGUGAGCACUGAUACACACACACAUACUCAAUCACAGAGGAUGUUUUCACCACCUCCAGGGUGAAUCUCAUGAAAGCUGUCAAGGUUCGGUGCUGUGGUCUGAUCUGAUGGUGAUUGGUGAUACGGUGGCGAUUAGUUUGACUCUGACCUACAGGAAAUGAAGCCGGAUAAACGUAAUCAUGCAUGGUAUAGUUUAAUUGCCAUACAUUUAAUAAAAGUGAUCAUCAAGUACCUUUGAAGGAAUAUUCGGAGUUCAGUACAAGAUUUGUGCGAUGCACCAGAUCUUUGGCAUAAUGUUGAUUACAACAGUGAAUCAUUUUGACUGUGUGAACAGUUCAGCUACAUUGACUUCCAUUAUAAGUGUGCUUUUGUACAAACCGGUGAAUCUCUUGUCAUGCCUGUAUUAUAUUUCACACUUUUGCAUUAAAAAAAAAAAAUUAACACCAUUUUAGGACUACUAAUGUUUUUUUGUUAGACAAUUAAGCACAUCUCCUUUACAAAUUCUGAUUGUGAUGUGAAAAAAAUAAAAUUGUAAAAUAUUUAUGCACAUUAAUGUAGUAUUUGUUGUACUGCCUUGAUGCUGAUUUAAUUCAAUUAAAAAAAAAAAAAAAAAACUUUUUAUAUUACAUAUAUGAAAACCAUUUAAGAAUAAUGGAAAUUUCAAUAGGAUUAGAUUUUUUGGGGGAGCAAAAUGUGUUUAAUUGUCAUGACAAUGUCACAACGCAAAUUAAUAGUCCUAAAACGGGUUUAAUUUACUUUAUGUAAAAUAUGUACUUUUUUUAUUUUUUGUUUGCUUGUUUUUGCAUUCUGAAAUUUUCAUGACAAGUAAGCACAUUUCCCUUCCAAAUUCACAACUGUAAUGUGAUAACUUAAUUGGUAAAAUAUUUAUACACAUCAUAGUAGUGUUUCUGUACUGCCUUGAUGCUGAUUUAAUUUAAAAUAUAUAUAUAUGUAUUACAGGAAUAAGAGUAAUUGUAUUUUCAAUGGGAUUUAAAUCUUUCUGGAAGCAAAAUAUGCUCAAUUGUCAUGACAAUAAUGUCGCAAUACAAAAUAAUAGUCCUUAAAACAGGCUUCAUUUUCUUUAUGUAAAAUAUACUUUUAUUUUUUCUUGUUUGUUUUUUUUAAGCACAUUUCCCUUCCAAAUUUUCAGGAUUGUAAUGUGACAAAAAAUAUUUGUAAAAUACAUAGUAGUAGUAUUUGUUGUAAUGCCUUGGUGCUGAUUUAAUUUAAAAAAACAUAUAUAUAUAUAUAUAUAUAUAUAUAAAGUACUGGGAAUUUCAUUGGGAUUUUUUUUUUUUCUGGCAGCAAAAAGUGCUUAAUUGUCAUAUCAAUGUCAAUGCAAAGUAAUACUAUACUUUUUUUUUUAUUUAUUUGUUUGUUAUUCAAACUGAUGGACUAGUCAAAAUGAUUUUCUGGUGUAAUCGACAACAUGCCACCAAUGCGAUACAUGAAAGUGUCGAACCAGGAAUCCUUUAAGCUGCCAAAGCACCGCUUAAGGAAGUGUAUAAGUAUUAGCUUGAUGUGUUGUCUAUAUACUGGUAGUGUUUCCCUUCACAUUGCACCUUUUAAAUGCAUCGAAUCCCAGUGUGUUUCCUUUGAACGUGCACCUGAUUUAUCACUUCAACUCUGAGCAAGCCAAACCUGCACUGAACCGUUUGACACGUUAAAACACUGGCACAGACAGAGCUAUUCAAAUGUUCGACCAAUUUCGUAGUAGUCUCGUAGUAAGCUGCAGUUUUUACAUUUGUCUUUUUUAUUGAUGUUCUCGACAUGUUCCUGAUGUUCGCACAAAGCUCUGAACGGAUCCAUCUUUCCUGUUCUCCCAAAAUGAUGUUUAGAUUGCAUGUUGAAUUGAGACAAAUCCAGUUGCUUAUUUAUUAACUGCAAGACCUUUUGUUAAAAUGCGUGUACCGUCACAUCCACGUUCUGUCUCAGCGCUGCUGCUACUGCCUUCAACUGACUGCGAUUUGAUUGGCUGAAGAGAGUGUGCCAUGGCUUUGGCAUUUGCCUGUGCUAUGGAUCUGUACCGUAGUGGCGUGAGACAGAAAAGUAAUGAAAAAAAUAUAUAUUUAUAUUUUUCCUAAAAGAUGACAUUGCAAAAGACUGUGUAAUUUAAAGGAGUUGUUUUUGUUUUUGCCUGAAUUGUGGUUUCCCUUGUAAAGUGUGUACAGUGUGUUUUUGGGCACUUCUUCAGUCUUAUCAAAGGGAUGUAUAAUUAAAGAGGAAAACUCA